AUGACACUUGAGCAAGUGCAAGUAAAAAGUAGCAAAGGAGAGGAAGCCCAAAGACAGAGCAGUGAGGGAGAGGAAGUGAAAAGAAAAAGCAGUAAGGGAGAGAAACUGCAAAGGAAAAAAAGGGAGGGCAAGGAAGUGAAAACACAAAGAAGUGAGGAAAAGGAAGUGCAAAGAAACCAAUGUGAGAAAGAAGAUAAUGAAGUUAUGUUGCUUGGGGGUGACAUUGGCGAGAGCACGGAGGGGACACUGCUUGAGUUUACUGUCGGGGACAUUGAUUUGGAUGAACCUACAGCUGUGCUAUCUCAGUUGAACGUGUGGUUGAAUGAUAAAGGUAAAGCUGUGGCACAAGGGGUCCAAUUACGGAAAAGGAAGAGGAUCAUUCCUAUGUGGAAGAUCAUUGAAGGCAGUGAAUUGGUUCCAAAAACUGGGGCACAGACAACCGGACUGAAGAUGUUAGACCCAAUGAAGGCGAUUCCGCAUGAUGAUCUGGUGAAUUUGCUGAAACUUUGUUGGGAAUGGCGCCAGGACCCAAAUUUGGUGAUGCAAUUUGGCAACGUGGAAGCUGAGAUUGAAUUCUUCGAUUCCCUCGUGAAAGCUGAUGAAUCACAUUCGUACUUGCUUUGA